AUGGAAAAUUCCUCACCAGAGUUAGCGCAGCUAAUGCACCACCUCCAGGGUUCAUCAUCUUCCCAACCAUCAGUGCCUGAAUCGACGUCGACUUCAACGUCAGGACUGUUGCCGAAUGGCAAGAAAACCAAAGGUCGUGUCAAGAUAAAAAUGGAAUACAUUGGUAACAAGCUAAGGCGGUACACAACAUUUAGUAAAAGAAAAACGGGCAUAAUGAAAAAAGCAUACGAGUUAUCAACGUUAACGGGCACACAAGUGAUGCUAUUGGUGGCAUCGGAAACCGGUCACGUCUACACCUAUGCAACGAAGAAACUCCAACCGAUGAUUUCUUCAGACACCGGAAAAGCACUCAUUCAGACAUGUUUAAACGCUCCUGGAGAUGGCUCGGAUCUGCAACCGAAUCGAACCGAAUUUACCUUCGAGACUGGGACAGCACCACCUAAUCCACGAAAACGACGUGUAGCAGACACACCGGACGCAGCCGGUCUUGUGCAUACGCAAUUUGUAUUAUGUAAGUUGAUAUCAGCGCUGAAUAAGGACUUAGACGAAACUGCCAAGAGUUCGCUAUGGCCUCGCUCGAAUACCGCCCCAAUGAAGUAA